AUGGACAAAAACAUAGGGCAGCGCUUCCUACAAGCGGAGGACACUCUGAUCGAUGCAAUGUCGCGCGGCGACAACGACUCCUUGAUGACAUUUGAGUCGUUUUGGAAUUCAUUGCAUGCAGACUAUUCCCAUUGUCUUCGAGGGAUCGCUAUCAUCUCGAAAUGCUUUUUGGACUUCCAAAAAGCACGUGAAGAAUCAACAAACCAAUUUAUUGAGGGUGUGGGGAGUAUUCUAGAUGGCUUCGGUCGCGUCACUAUCUCACCUCCAUCCACACUCAUAGCGCAAAAUGCACAACCACCAGAAUCUUCCUUACCCCCGUUCAUUGAACCAGCAUACAAAUGGCUGCUGGCUAAUAUCCAUAACCCUUACCCGUCGUCUGAUACGAAAGCGGGUAUUGUCAGGAGCUCCAGAUGUUCUAUGAACUCCGUUGUUGCCUGGUUUAUCGGCGCUCGCCGUCGUAUCGGCUGGACGACUAUUUGCCGCAAACACUUCAACAAUUGCCGAGCUGACACAGCUGAUGCUGCUUCUCGUGCUCUGGUCAAAGAAGACCCUACCCGUGUUCUUGCACCAGUCAUCUUCCAUGACUUCCAGCAGAUGAAGACUGCUGCACAGGAUCUUUAUGCGUCUACUUUCACCAAAAGCGCGCUUGCAGGUGACCUUGAUGCAGUAGUCAAGGAUAUGACAGAGGAAGACAGAUUGCGAUUGGAGCGUGAGAAGAAGGAGCGCGCCCGAGGGGAGAGGAAACGACGCGAGGAAGAGAAGGAGAUACGGAGAAUCCAAAGAGCGCUUGACAGGCAGGUUCAGAAGACGCACACACCUUUUGCUUCGUAUCCAUCUCCCAGUCAUUCUCGCACUUCGUCUCCCAUCUCCACUCUCGAGGAAUCGUGGACAGACGAGAGUGAAGACGAAGAAAAUGAUUUUAUUCCACCUGUUCUCGCUGGUCGAAAACGACGUGCCUCUGUAUCGUCUGAAUCAACCGAUCCUAGGCAAUCUUCAUGUGCAGACCGGCCGAUGAAACGCCUUCGGCUUAAUGCGAAGGUCCCCACCUCCUUUGCGAAUAAUUCCACCUUGCCAUCGCCCCCAUCAACUAGCGAUGGACUGGAUGGCAGUGAUGAAGUCGAAAUUAUUGCACCUCAGCCAUCUUCAGGGUCUUCACGAAAGCGAAGGCUAUCAGACGCUGAUGUUCACACUGUGCCCAUGCGUCCUAGAGGUCUCCUUGCUGGACCCCGUGUUCAUGCUGUGUCAGAUCCUCUUCCAAGGGCAUCCGUCCCUCUCCAGUCAAACAUCGACGACUGGUUCCAGACAAAUUUCUUCGAAAUUCCUGGUCCAGUCAAGAACGUCGGUUUCGAUCAGUUUACCCCCGUUGACAUUGAAGUCUUCAACGGGUAUACAUUCCCUGACACAAAAAUAGAUUCCACCGAACAACCCUUCCAACAAAACUACACUCCGCCCGCACUGGUAGACCUUUUAUCGUUUGAGGCAAAAUCAGUUAAUUUGGAAAUUCCUUCCCGCGCUUCUGUUCCAGCAUCUGAUCUAGGCGAUCAGGACAAUUUCAAUUUCUUCAACGCAAUAUCUACAAUUGCUUCCAAUUGUUCUGGCGAGGCACCUGGAGUUUCCACGGCAAUCGACACCAUCUUCCAGCCGCCAGCCGACCUCACUGACCUCGUUCCUUCGGACCCUUUCAGCUGGACAGAUAUCUUAUACUCUGAACACCCCUUCCUGUCCGACAUUAAUCAAUUCUCGCUGCCAUCAUCUUGCGAUGAAUUCUCACAACUAUUACCUGAGAUUGAUCUCUCUGCGCUCCAGCUCCCCCCGUUAUACACCUCUCCACAACCACAGCCUCCCUCAUCUGUUGAUUGUGCCCGCUUAGCGAAGCUGGAACAACUCCAGCUUCUGAGAGAACAAACCCGACUACUGGAGCAAGACCUAGCGGUGUCUGUGUAA